GCUCAGUAAAUAAACAUUAGGAAGAAAAACACACAUCAAGAAGAUAAAUGAACAGACCAAUACUGUGGCCAAGGCGAGGCUCUCCUCAGUCUUCUUUAUUGUUCUAACGGGCAAGGUGCCAGCAGGUUUUGUAAGCACCUGAGAACAGCGAUGACAAGUAGUGCCUGAAUCACAGAGGCUCAGGUGGCUUUGACAUUCCCUCACACAGUGGUCAGAAAGAACCUACACACGCUGCUCUUAAUGGAGAAGAGCAAGAAGGAUGGCCACCAGGCUGUGCUCAAUGAAGGGGAGGAGAAUGAGCUGGAGGUGUUUGGCUACCAUACCCAGAAUUUACGGAGAGCACUGUGCCUUGUCACAGCCAUCCUGACUCUUGGGGCAGUUCAGCUGAUGUUCUACUGGAGGCCUGAGUGGUGGGUGUGGACCAGUUGCAUCCCAUGCCCCUUGCAAGAAGCAGACACAAUUUUGCUGAGGACAACCGAUGAAUUUCGAAGAUAUAUGAGGAAAAAGGUCUUCUGCCUCCACUUAUCCACACUGAAGUUUCCUAUAAGCAAGAACCCAGAGGAACCUCUGGUAGCUGACCACCACUCAGUCAUAAACCAAGCUGUGAUGAAGCCAGAACUAAAACUACGAUGCAUCCAAGUGCAGAAAAUAAGGUUGCUGGAAGACAGUAACUCCUGCUUUGACAUCCACCAUACGUUUGGAUUGGGUCUGACCAAUGAAGAGCAAGAGGUCAGAAGGUUAGUGUGUGGGCCCAACUCGAUCGAGGUGGAGAUCCAACCCAUAUGGAAGCUGCUUGUUAAACAGGUUUUAAAUCCAUUCUAUGUGUUCCAAGCCUUUACACUCACUCUGUGGCUGUCUCAGGGUUACAUAGAAUACUCUGUGGCUAUCAUCAUCUUGACUGUUAUCUCCAUUGUUUUGAGUGUGUAUGAUUUGAGACAGCAAUCAGUUAAGCUACACAAGCUUGUGGAGGAGCACAACAAAGUCCAGGUCACGAUCACAGUAAGAGACAAAGGUCUACAGGAGCUGGAGUCCCGUCUCCUGGUUCCAGGAGAUAUUCUCAUUCUUCCAGGGAAAAUUUCACUGCCCUGUGAUGCUAUCUUGAUCGAUGGGAGUUGUGUGGUGAAUGAAGGAAUGCUCACAGGAGAAAGUAUACCUGUUACAAAGACACCAUUGCCCCAAACGGAGAACACCAUGCCCUGGAAAUCGCACAGUUUGGAGGACUACCGGAAACACGUGCUCUUCUGUGGAACAGAAGUUAUUCAGGUCAAGCCAUCUGCUCAGGGGCUUGUUAGAGCUGUUGUUCUGCAGACAGGUUAUAAUACAGCCAAAGGAGACUUAGUGAGAUCCAUCCUCUACCCUCGACCUCUGAACUUCAAACUGUAUAAUGAUGCCUUCAAGUUCAUGGUGUUCCUGGCCUGCGUUGGUGUUGUGGGAUUUUUCUAUGCCCUAGGUGUCUAUAUGUACCAUGAAGUACCUCCGAGAGAAACUGCAACCAUGGCCCUGAUCCUUCUCAGUGCCACCGUCCCUCCCGUGCUCCCGGCUGCACUGACCAUAGGCAACGUGUACGCCCAGAAGAGGUUGAAGAAGGAGAAGAUUUUCUGUAUCUCCCCGCAGAGAAUCAACAUGUGUGGUCAGAUCAACCUCGUGUGCUUCGACAAAACAGGAACUCUGACAGAAGAUGGGCUGGACCUCUGGGGGACUGUCCCCACCGCUGGCAACUGUUUCCAGGCAGUCCACAGCUUUGCCUCAGGUGAGGCUGUGCCCUGGGGCCCACUGUGUGCAGCCAUGACUAGCUGCCAUUCUCUGAUCCUUCUUGAUGGGACCAUCCAAGGAGACCCUUUGGACCUCAAAAUGUUUGAAGGCACUGGUUGGAAUAUGGAAGAUAGCCAAGUGGCCUCCUGCAAAUUUGGCAUGGCAGAUUCAAGCACAGUAAUAAAACCAGGACCGAAAGCCAGCCAGAGUCCUGUGGACAGCAUCACCAUCUUGCGCCAGUUUCCAUUUUCCUCAGGCCUGCAAAGGAUGUCUGUGAUUGCUCAGCUGGCUGGUGACCUUCACCUCCACGUCUACAUGAAGGGAGCCCCAGAAAUGGUGGCCAGGUUCUGCCGCUCUGAAACGGUGCCUAAGAACUUCUCGCAGGAGCUGAGGAAUUACACAGUGCAAGGCUUCCGAGUCAUUGCUCUUGCCCACAAAACCCUAAAGAUGGAGAGGCUUUCAGAUAUGGACCAUCUAGCAAGGGAGAAAGUGGAGUCUGAGUUGGCCUUUCUGGGACUUCUCAUAAUGGAGAAUCGCUUGAAAAAGGAAACAAGGCCAGUGCUGAAGGAGCUGAGUGAGGCCCGCAUCAGGACCGUGAUGGUUACAGGUGACAAUCUUCAAACUGCCAUCACUGUUGCUAAAAAUUCUGAAAUGAUUCCUGUGGGCAGCCAGGUCGUCAUUGUCGAGGCUAAUGAGCCAGGAGACCUUGUUCCUGCUUCUGUGACCUGGCAGCUGGUGGGGACCCAAGAGCCAGGCUCUGGGAAGAAGGACACCUACAUUGACAUCGGAAACAGCUCUGUACCUGCUGGGAAAGGUUACCAUUUUGCAAUGAGUGGGAAGUCAUACCAAGUGUUAUUUCAUCAUUUCUACAGCAUGCUGCCACAAAUUCUGGUUAAUGGAACCAUUUUUGCAAGAAUGUCUCCUGGGCAGAAGUCAAGCCUCGUGGAAGAGUUUCAGAAAUUAAAUUAUUAUGUGGGCAUGUGUGGAGAUGGAGCCAAUGACUGUGGGGCUUUGAAAAUGGCUCAUGCUGGCAUCUCACUAUCAGAACAGGAAGCAUCCGUGGCAUCUCCCUUCACCUCGAAAACAGCCAAUAUCGAGUGUGUGCCUCAUCUCAUCAGGGAGGGCCGGGCUGCUCUGGUCUCAUCCUUCGGUGUAUUUAAAUACCUGACUAUGUACGGCAUCAUCCAGUUUAUUGGAACAUCACUUCUGUACUGGCAACUACAGCUCUUUGGUAACUACCAGUACCUCCUGCAAGAUGUGGCCAUCACGCUGAUGGUCAGCUUAACAAUGAGCAUAAACCAUGCCUACCCGAAGUUGGCUCCCUACAGACCAGCAGGACAACUACUUUCUCCUCAGUUGCUACUCUCAGUCUUCAUGAAUUCCUGUUUUACCUGCAUUGUGCAAGUGUGUACAUUUCUCACCGUGAAACAGCAGCCUUGGUACUGCGAGGUCUACAAAUACAGUGAAUGCUUUCUGGUCAACCAAAGUAACCUCUCAGCCAACGUGAGUUUGGACCGAAACUGGACUGGAAAUGCAACUCUGGUUCCCGCUUCUGUGCUAAGUUUCGAGGGCACUACGUUGUGGCCCAUCGUCACCUUCAACUGCAUCUCUGCAGCAUUUAUUUUUUCUAAGGGAAAGCCGUUUCGGAAACCCAUCUACGCAAACUAUUUAUUCUCCCUUCUGCUGGCAUCUGCUGCGGGCCUCACUAUUUUCAUUCUGUUUUGUGAUUUUCAAGACCUGUACCGUAAAAUGGAGUUCAUCCCAACCCCCACAUCAUGGAGAGUUUCAAUUCUGAUAGCAGCUUUUGUCCAGUUCUGCGUUGCCUUCUUUGUAGAGGAUGCCGUCCUUCAAAACAGAGAGCUCUGGCUGUUUAUCAAGAAAGAAUUUGGAUUCUACUCCAAAAGUCAGUAUAGGAUCUUGCAGAGAAAGCUGGCAGAGGACUCUACAUGGCCUCCCGUGAACAGGACAGAUUAUGCAGUCAAUGGCAAAAAUGGAUUCUAUGUCAACAGAGCCUAUGAGAGCCCCGAAGAGGUCCCCAAAGGGAAGCUCAAGCUGGAAGAGCAGGCUUCAGAACAGCACUUUUGGACUAGACUGUAACCAGGAUUGCUCUCACACCUGUCCCGUAACCUCACCCUUUGUCCCCCAAACUAAACCUUGUGGGAAGGUGGAAACUGCAAACCCUUCUCUCUCUAUCAAAGCAUCCAAUCAAUGCACUUCAACAUACCGAGCCUUGCAGCCAAGAACCUAACAUUCAUUCUAUCCUUCACUAGCUCCAGAGAUAACUGCACGUCUCAGAUCACCUUUGAAAUAACCCGUAUUCAUACUGUGUUGUUCUAAAUGGACAGCUCUCAGGCAAUGAAAUUAGAUGUGUGGACAUCAGGUGAGAACAAAAGCUGAGGUAGCAUUUGGCAUUGGAAAAAAUUGAGUAAUAUAUUAAUUGAUGUAAGUUUCCUUAAUCUUACACAGUUUGUGAAGCAUAUUUAUGUACAUAUGUUGGCCAGGAUCAUGAAAUGCCUCCUGGUUUGCAUCUUUUGGUGUGGCUUCAAUAAAGAAAUAAGUUUGAAUAAUUCCAUCCUAGCUACACAGGAAGCCACAGUGGUGUGGAAGUUGAGAACAGUAGAGACUGGUGCUAAUCUUUUAUAAUCAUGGCAUGAGCAUUGUUAAAAUGUAAGUAAACUACACCAAGUUUGUACGUUCCAAAAGUAUACUGUAUGGGGCCAGAGAACCUAACAGUGCAGAGUAGACUACAAUAGUAAAAUAAACUGUUCAAAUGUAUUUUUCACUGUAUAAAGUAUGUUACCUUCAUUUCUAUUUUUAUCAAUACACAAAAACGCAAAUUCUAACUCUAAGGGCUUGCCUGAACUCAUCAUUCAUUGGUCAUCUUAAAAACCAAAUUCUAUAGAAAUGACCUAUGGUGAUUUUACCCACACUGUGAGAAUCCCCAGGCUACUAAGCAACUGAUCCCAUCAUUUUAGUUACUCAAGUCAUCAAACAUGUAUAUUAAAGACAAAAACAGGAUGUAUCCUUCACAUUGCGUUCUGUACAUGAGCUAGUGCCUUUAAAGUGUGCCACCCUGCUGUGAGCUGGAGAGGAAAUAUGCCUGGUGAACACUUGAAAUUUACUCCUAGGUUUUCUUUUGCUGAUUCAACAGACUUUCCACAAUCACAGGCAACUUAUCAACUGAACGCCAUGAAUAACAAUCAUGUGACUAAUAGCACAAUGUGUGGAAUCGAAAUCAAUUAGCUCUUGGUUCACCAUGCUGAAGUCUUUAGUUUUCAACAUGUUAGCAAACUAUAACUGUAAAUGACAUUAUAAACACUGUCACUCAAACCAACAGCACCAAUGUGUAUACCUAUGAAAACAAAUGUUUGCCUUUAAGCUUUUUUUGUGUGCAUAGCUGCUUGGAGAGUGAUAGUUUUAAAACUGUCCAAUUUACUUGCUGUGAUGCUUAAUUUUCAUUGUCAACGCGAUUGGACUCAGAAUCACAUAAGAGAGACAUCCCUGAUAUGUCUGCGAAGAUGCUUCUAGAAAGCUUUUCCUGAGAUGGGAAGACAUGCCCAAAAUGCUGAUGGUACCAUUCAUAGACCUGGUACCCAUGGAAUAAAAAUGAGAAAGGAUGCUGAGACCCAGCAUACCUGUCUUUUGCAUCAUGACUAUGGAUGCAGUGCGACCCGAUGUCCCACACUCCCAGGUGAUGGGUUCCAAUCCCACUAAUACUGUAAGCAAAGGACACCUCUUUUCUCUUAAGUUGCUUCUGUCAGGUAUUUAAUAACAGCAACAAGAGGAGAAACUGUCACAGCAGCCAAGUCAGCAAAAUCAACAGAAUUGAAAGUCUUUUUAAAAAGAUUUUAGGGCUGGAGCUGUUGACCACUGCUGAGGAGUAGUUUAGAUGCCAGUACCCACAUUAAGCAGCUAACAGAUUCUUGUAGCUCCAGGUCUGGGGGAUCUGGCUGACACCUCUUCCUGCCAUGCGCGCGCGCGUGUGUGUGUGUGUGUGUGUGUGUGUGUAAAUAAAAGAAAACAAAUCUGCUUUUUAAGCAAUGUUAGCUUAUCAUUAAAAGAAAAAAAUUAUAGCAGUCUUGAAGUUGUCAAGCCAAAGGUUUCCUUUACAUGACAGCCCUAUUCAGUAAUUUGACUCCUAGAAUGAACAGAUUCAGUUGACACAGUGUGACAUUUAGAUAGCAUAUUUUAUUUGUUAUAUGUACAUAUU